UUUUAAUUAAAAAAGUUUAGAAUUGAUGACGUCACUGACUUUUUGUCCAAAAGCUGUUAUCGCGAGGAGGGUAGUGAAUGUUCAGGUUAUUGUAUUUUAUCAAAAUAAUUUUCCGGCGUUUUGUCAAUUGUCAACAAAGAAUUUAUCGUGGAAAUAUGGUGAGGAGGACCCUUUUGAAUUAUAUGAGGGAUGUGUUUUCUUAUCCGGACAAAAAUAUCCUAAGGUGGUUUCCAGGCCACAUGGGUAAAGGCAUGAGGAAGAUGGAGCAGAAGCUCAAGACUGUGGACUGCGUAGUGGAAGUGCACGACGCCCGGAUCCCGCUGAUCGGCCGUAAUCCAAAAUUCAAAUACACGGUCACCGGCCUCAAGCCGCACAUCCUCGUCCUGAACAAGAGGGACCUGGCCGUAAAAGGCCGCGAAAACGAGAUGAAAGAGAAACUGGCCCGAGAGGGCUUCCACGGCGUUUUCUACACAAACUGCAAAGACCAGUUCUGCACCGGGGUCAAAAAACUCGUCCCGGCGAUAAAAGACGCGAUUUGCUCUUCGAACAGGUACAACAGGUCGGAGGAACAGGACUUGUCGGUUAUGGUCAUCGGGAUCCCGAACGUCGGCAAGUCGAGCCUCAUCAACGCCCUGAGGCACAAGAACAUGAAGAUGUCGAGAGCCGCAGCAGUCGGGGCGGUCGCAGGAAUCACCAAAAGCGUGUCGACGAGGAUCAAAAUCUGCCAAGACCCGUUGAUCUACGUUUUGGACACCCCGGGCGUCCUGGACCCCCACGUGUCCGACGUCGAUACCGCCCUCAAGCUGGCCAUCUGCUCCACGAUGCAGGACCACCUCAUCGGGGUCCAAAUCAUCGCCGACUACUUGCUGUUUUAUCUCAACAAACAAAGCAACGACAGGUACGUCGAGUACCUCGGCCUCGAAGCUCCCACCGACAACAUCACGGAACUUCUCGUCUUAACUGCGGCCAAACUUAAAAAAGUGAUGAAAAAGAAAUCCCCAGACGGCAGCUACAAAUCCUUUCCGGACAUCGACUUCGCCGCCCAACACUUCAUCAAGGGUUUCAGAAACGGCAACUUCGGUAAUGUGCUUAUAGAAUAAUUCAUUUCAAUACUAAAAGAAUAUAUAUUUUAAAAUCAAUUAAAAUACAAAUGACUCAGUUAUUCUUGAAAAGUUCCCAUCCGAGCCAUGCCCACAGGCCGAAAAACAGUUUGACUGGAACGACGACGAGAAAGAGCAAAUAGUAAUAUUCCCAAUUGCUCAAUUCAGGC